CCGCCCGUUUAUGUGUGACGGUGGGCUGCCUGUUUGAGCGCCUGCAUGCCGCCUCCUCCUCCUCCUCUCCAUCUCCCUCCCAUAUUCUCUCCUUUGCGCACUCUAUCUUCCCCUUGCUCUUGAUCUGUCACUAGUUCUCUCUCUCUCUCUCUCUCCCUCUCUCUCUCUGUGUUCUAGUCAGGCUACUGCAGCACUCCACCAGCCAGCCAGCCAGCCGCACACAUGGCCAACUGACACAACUUACUACCUCAGCCAGCCCUGGUGGAGAAAAACUAUCAAGUAAGCACGAAGAAGAGCACCGUGGGACACGACCUAAAAGGAGGACCAGCGAGCCUCAAUCCCUGUUUAUGGACAAUGGAGCUGACUUUGUCACACAUCCAUUCUCUCUCUCUUUUUUGCUCUUGAGGACAAGCACGCUCCCUCUCUCACACUUCCGCGAAGCUCCAGCAGUGCAGCGCAUCCCUUAUUCUACAACCGACCCCCCCCCCACCCCCACCCUCUACCCCCACCACCACCACCACCACCAUCUCUCCCACCACCAUCACCGCCCCCCUCCCUCAGGAGGAAUAGACGGAUUACUGCUAACUGUGCACACGGCAGCCUGCAGCUGCUCUGACCGGGGCCAGCCCCGACGCUGGGAGGAAGCAAGACGAGCUCAGAGGAAGAGGAGAAGAGGAAGAGAGAGGGGGCUUGAUUGUGCCUGGAGUUCUUUAGCCUUUUUUCUGUCUCUCAGUCUCUGUCACAACAGGGCUAAUCACCAGCCGAGCAGUCCUUGGCAAAGUCACACUGAGGGAGGUCUCGCCACCAAAAAAGGCUACCAGCAUGUAUCAGGAGACAGUUGGACCAGUAUUUUUGGGGGCAGUUUUCUUCUAACAAGGUGAAGUACAUCAUGGAUUAGUUUUACCUUUGAGAGACUUUGGACUGGUAGGGUUAGCCAGGGCAGAAGAGAUUUAAGCACCUGGUAAGCCUCACUGGCCUUACCUGCGUCCUGUGAGUGCUCAGUCCUUCCUACCAGGAGCCAUUUUGUACCGUCAGCCAAUCAAGGGCCACUAUCACUUGCAAGAAAACUAAUUCAUGCCACUGUGACCCAUAGAUGGACUUCAUAAAUCAAUGAGACGAUUUUCAAACUAAUGAGCAUCUUCCUGCACUGUCGAUGGAACUCGGGAGCCUUAAGUUGCUCCAGCCAGGCUAGGGUGAUCCGUCCUCUGGUGUGUGCCGUCUCCCCCCACCAUGCAGAAUAAUGUGCCCUCCACAUCAUGAGUCCUUUGGGCCAGGUUAGUGUGCAGCCUACCUGGAACACAGCCCUGCUUGCCGUGCUCUCCCUUAUGGUACCUGCCCUCAGUAUGUGCCAGUCCAGCAGCCCAGCACUGGGUUCGGCCAACCCACAGAACUGUCCGGGUGUGUGCUCCUGCACCAACCAGCUCAGCAAGGUGGUCUGCACUCGACGAGGCCUGGUCCGGGUGCCUCCCAACAUCCCAGCCAACACCAGGUAUCUUAACCUGAUGGAAAACAGCAUAGAGACCAUACAGGCUGACACUUUCAGACACCUGCAUCACUUGGAGGUACUGCAGUUGGGCAGGAAUGUUAUCAGGCAGAUUGAAGUGGGGGCCUUCAACGGCUUGACCAGCCUCAACACCUUGGAGCUGUUUGACAACAGGCUGACGGUGAUACCCAGUGGAGCUUUUGAAUACCUGUCAAAGCUAAGAGAAUUGUGGUUGAGGAACAAUCCCAUCGAGAGCAUCCCGUCGUAUGCCUUCAAUCGCGUCCCCUCGCUAAUGAGGCUUGAUCUCGGAGAGCUCAGAAAGUUGGAGUACAUCUCCGACGGGGCGUUCGAAGGCCUUCAAAACCUCAAGUACCUCAACUUGGGGAUGUGCAACCUGAGGGAGUUCCCCAAUCUUUCACCACUUAUGGGACUGGAGGAGCUUGAAAUAUCAGAGAAUGUUUUCCCUGAACUGAGACCCGCGGCCUUCCACGGGCUCAAAAAUUUGCGCAAACUAUGGAUUAUGAACUCCGCCAUCACCAUAAUUGAGAGGAAUGCGUUUGAUGACAUCACAGCUUUGGUGGAGUUGAACUUGGCUCACAACAAUCUGUCAUCGCUCCCCCAUAACCUCUUCACACCACUGCAGUACUUAGUGGAGCUACAUCUGCAUCACAACCCUUGGAAAUGUGACUGUGAUGUAGUAUGGCUGUCUUGGUGGCUCAGAGAGUAUAUUCCCACUAAUUCCACCUGCUGUGGACGCUGCCACACCCCGAGCCACAUGAGGGGACGGUACCUGGUGGAAGUAGACCAGACGACGUUUCAGUGCUCAGCACCAUUCAUCUUGGACGCGCCAAGAGAUCUGAACAUCUCAGCAGCAAGGGUGGCGGAACUGAAGUGUCGUACUGCAGCUAUGAGCUCUGUUAGAUGGCUUCUCCCAAGUGGGACCGUGCUGACACAUGGAUCGGUUCACCCGCGGAUUUCCGUCCUUAACGACGGAACAUUAAACUUCUCCAAUGUUCUACCGUCAGACACGGGCGUCUAUACUUGCAUGGUGAGCAACAUGGCGGGAAAUUCCAACGCCUCGGCCUACUUAAAUGUCAGCAAUGCCGAACUCAACACAUCAAAUCUCUCCUAUUUUACCACGGUAACAGUGGAGGUUCUCGAGCCAACAGUUGAAGAAACCCCAAAACCCAAGCCUACUGUUCCGGCCUCGCCUUCAGUCUUUAAGCCUGUCUUCAUCUCCACGCCUACUGUGCUGUUCCAAAGCACACAAACGCCAAGGCAGGUGUCUAUACCUACUGCCAGAAUCCCCAGUGGGCCUGCUGCAAGCCUGGAUGAGGUCAUGAAAACCACCAAAAUCAUCAUUGGCUGUUUUGUGGCUGUGACCUUGUUAGCAGCGGCCAUGUUGAUAGCUUUCUAUAAGUUGCGCAAGCGGCAUCAACAGAGGAGCACAGUGGCCGCAGCCAGGACCAUAGAGAUCAUACAGAUGGAGGAGGAGGUUCCUCCGGGUCCACCCACUUCUGGAUCUAGCGGCUCGGAGGAGACGGGAUUGGUAUUACCGACGCUAGUGGAACACAACAGCAACACCUUUAAGCCUGGCUAUGUGUCUCGCCAAGGGGCCUACGGAGCCCACUGGACCCAGAACAACACUCUUCAUCGUUCAACCAGACAGCAUCACAGCCACAUCAGCACCAUAGCGGAUCCUUAUAUCAUUAAGACUACUCAUGGAAAAGAGAAGGUCCAAGAGACCCAAAUCUGAAUCAUGUUCCACACGGAUUUAUCACUGACUCUCCCUCACCUCUUGUCCAUGUCGUAGAAUGCACAAAGAAAAAAAAUAAAACGGUUUUUUGUACAGAAGUGCAAAUAAGAGACACUUCUUGUUUCUUGUACAUGCCUAUACAUAAUAUAUCACUUAAAAAAAUACAAAUAUAUAUCUAUAUAUGAGAUGACCAGGCAGUGGUAAGACAUGCAGAUUUUAUUAGAAAAGAAAAACAUUUGAAACUAUUUUCUAUGACGGGAAACCUCUGUUGAAGGAUGGCUUUAGUGUUUGAGGGUGGUUAAUGAAGAGACAUAUAGUUUGUUUUGGACCAUAUUUAGGAUGCAGUAAAAUAUGGAUCUUUAUAUCCAGCCCCACAUUGAAAGCUCCAUUUUUUUACUGUGCCAAAUGUGAUAUGCAAUAAAAUGGUAUUAUCCCACAAAGGAAAAUGCAAAAAGAGGCAAAAGCAAAAUGAAUAGAUCUCAAAUUUUGACUAAGCAUAGCAGUGUGAUGGCACAGAUUGAAUGUGUGCUGUUGGGAUGCUUUUCAACUGCAGUGCAUCGCUGCAGCUAAGGUUCACCCUGUGUUUGCAUCGCUGCAGCUAAGGUUCACCCUGUGUUUGCUGAUGGCACACUUUGACAGUUGUUUUAUCGCAACAUUUUAAUUAUAUGUACUUAUGGCACAUCAAAUGAACAUGCAGACUAAUAGCAGUUGUUGCAGAUACUGUACUUUGUUCUGUCAUUGGUUGCAUUUUUGUGUUGUUUCUUCCCCCCUUUAGGUUUUGCUUCUUAAUGGCUUGUGUAGUGUUUAGGGCUAAUUUAGUAAUGCAUUACAGCAGUUGCCUGACUUGUCUCUGCAAGGGCUCAUUCUGAUGCUAAUUUUUCAGCGGAACUGACAUGUGGUGCAGUGAUACAGGGCUUUGCGGACCAUUCUGCUUUUUUGGGGAAGGAAAAAGGAUUGAAGUUAAACACAAUGAAUGUCUGUCUGAUACCCGGGGCUUUUCCAUGGACUCAUUGACUUUGUUUUACCAGUUUAUUUUAAAGGAACCCUAUUUUUAUGGAGAGACAAAAAAAGAGGCUAUGAAAAAUAAAACCUUCUCAUUUGUAUUUCUUCAAACAGAAACACUUUCAUCUGAUGUCUUUUGUGUGUAAUUUGUUGAAGAGUAAAUAGCGGGGACAGGAUUGUAAAUCUAGCCCUAGACCCCCCCAUCUUACACUCUCCUAUGCAUUUACUCGGUGUCUGCAUGAAUGGGUCUUUAAGUAACUGGUGUACAAUGCUGCAUUAUACCCCACAGUGGGGCUCUAUGCAGGUCAGAUAGGCUGUUGGUCUUUGAUGCCUCCACUUAGUUUUUCUUAAAAACAUUCAUCUUUUUUCAGUGACUGAGCAGUUAAAAAAUACAUAUAUCCCACAGUUG